GCGUCCUACAUAAAGAGUGCGGGACAGGGAGCCGGGCGACACACACGGGGCAACACACCUUUCUGCUCGCACACAACAAAGGCACAGCAGCAAGAAGAAGAAGAGUCAGGAGAAGAGUGGCACAGAGUGAGGAAGAGAGGGGGAAAGGACAAAGGAAAGAGAGGCAGGGAAUAACUGAGAAGAAAUGGUACGCUCAUGUGAACAAGGGAUCCCUGCCUGGGUCUAUGUGGGCACCUUGAUCCUCUUUAUCCACUUCCACUCUGUCACAGUUAGAGGAGCUGCCCUGAAGCAGGACGUGGCAUUGGACAAUGGGGCCACGGUGCUGAAUCACUCCAUGAGUUUGGUGCAGCGUAUGGAGACCCUGCUGGCCCUGGGCAAUGGCAGUGAUGUCACUCUCCGGGUGCAGACCAUCAACACGGACGAGGUAAAGGUGAUCCAGGCCCACAGCCUGGUUCUCACAAUGCAGAGUGACGUGUUUGAGGAACUGCUGCUCAGCCGGAACAACAGCGCUGUGGUUUUGAGGGAAACGCCCGACUGUGCAGCUGUCUUUGACAAAUUUGUCAGGUAUCUGUACUGCGGUGACAUCUCAGUGCGCCUGGAUCAGGCCAUAUCUCUGCACAAAUUGGCCAGCAAGUACCACGUGUGGGGCUUGCAACAGGGUCUGACCCAAUAUAUGUCCCAACAUCUGUCUAGUGAUUCAUCCACAGGCCAUGUAGUCGGCUGGUACAACUAUGCACUACAAAUUGGGGACGUGGCCCUGCGGGACAGCUGCCUGCAGUACCUGUCCUGGAACCUGUCUUCUGUGCUGCAGAGCGAAGAAUGGGGCUCCAUCAGUGAAGACCUGCUCCUCUCCUUGCUCCAGCGCUCUGACCUCAUUCUACAGAGUGAGCUGGAGCUGUACGAGGCCCUGGAGGCCUGGAUUAGCCAGAACCAGCCUGUCAGUGCAACAGUAGAAAGUGCCCUAAGGGUUGUUCGAUACGGCAUGAUCCCCCCUCAGCACCUCUUCCGUCUUCAGAAGCAAUCCCCCCUCAUGCUGAAGUAUUACGAGUCUAUCCGCGAUCUACUCUAUCUAGCUUUCCAGUUUCACUCCGCCUCACCUAUCCAACUGGCCAAGUACUUUGAUGUCAACUGCAGUAUUUUCACUCCACGUAACUACCUGUCCUCUUCCUGGGGAUCGCCUUGGGUCAUCAACAACCCUACUCGCGAUGACCGCAGCUUCAGCUUCCAGACCCAGCUCGGUCCCAGCGGCCAUGAUUCCAGCAAGAGAGUGACCUGGAAUGCCCUGUUCUCCCCUCGCUGGCUCCCACUCAGUGCCAGGUCAACCUAUACCGAACUGGGUGCCAUGCAGCCUACGCGCACAGACGGUGGUCGACCUCGCAUCAUUGUGACACCAGCCACUUCUAGCCCAGACUUUGCCGGUGUGAGUUUCCAGAAGACGGUUAUUGUGAUGGCAAGACAGCAAGGAAAAGUGGUGGUUCGCCACGUCUACAACUUCCACCAAAGCACAGAGGAGGCCGGGGAUUUCCUGCUGGAUGCUGACCUGCAGCGCCGUGCAUCAGAGUAUCUCAUUGACAGCUCCCUCUAUCUGCACAUUGUGAUAAAACCUCUCUACCAUACCCUCCUUGUUGCCAGGAAGUAAAGACAGGAAGUUGGUGUGGCCUCACCAUCAGUCAUCCACCCUCCAACACACAAUCACAUGCACAUAAGUAAACUCAUAUCACAAAACAUGUUCAUGCAUCAAGUCUGUGACAUCUCCACUGUUGAGUAGUUUGUGCAUUGUGUUGUCUUCCAGCUAUUUAACAAGAGGUGUUGGGUACAAAAAAGGACUCACAAUUAAACAGCUCAGCAGGGAUUAUCACAAUAAUGAGGGUUUUCAUUCAUACUAAGAAAAA